UUGACAUUUCAACUUAACCUUACUUUUCGUUACGAAUUCGUAUUAUAUUCGUUUAUAUUAAAUAUAACUCAAUAAUUAAUUAUUAUUUGAUUAUUAAAAUCAUAAAUUUGAAUAAUUUAAAAUAAAUGGCUUCUGCAGGAGAUAAAGGAAAGAUCGAUCAAAAAGAGAAGAAACGCAAAGAAUCAAUCCUCGAUUUAUCAAAGUAUUUAGAGAAAAGUAUCAGGGUUAAAUUUGCGGGUGGGAGAGAAGCUGCGGGAAUACUAAAAGGUUAUGAUCCUCUCUUAAACCUUGUUCUUGAUAACACAAUGGAGUAUUUAAGAGACCCCGAUGAUCCUUUUAAAUUAACGGAAGAAACGAGAGCGUUAGGUUUGGUUGUUUGUCGAGGUACAAGUGUGGUAUUAAUUUGCCCAGUUGAUGGGAUGGAAUCAAUUCAAAACCCUUUUAUCUCUCAAGACUAAUUUUUUUAAUUAAAAUAAAUAGUAUUAAGUAAAAUAACAUACUAUGUAUGUAUUGACACAAUAAAGAUUAUAAAAAUAAA